AUGUCAUUUUCCUUUUCGCAUCUCUCAUCAUUUCGAGGCAUUGAUGGCCUUGAUAGAGAUGCACACGACCUGUUGCAACAGUGGGGGCUUGACCACAGCUUUAAAUCUGCUCAAUUUGCAUUUUCAAAGCAGUACCAUCCAUCCAAUGCUGACACAUUUCUAAGUGAUUUCUUCGCCGAUGCUUCUGUUCGUGAGGCAUUUCUUUUGCCAGAUAUUUCGGGAAUGCAGACGCUUCCCUUGCCUUCACCGGAGUCAGAUCGCUUACGCUAUGAGGUCAUGCAUGUCACUAAGGUUGACACAAGUGCUCUGUUGCCUGCGAUUAGUCAUCGGUUUGUUUCUGGAAGCAGCUUCAAGGGCCGCACUCCCCACAAAUUACAGCGUUUGGACAUGGAUGUAUCCUAUGAAAUAGACGAGGCUCUCUUUGACGUGGACUCUGAGCUGUACCAACUAUUUACCCCUGAAUGGAGAAGUGAGUUGCUGUGUGCACUCUUCUCGAUCUUACGUGCUGGAGGCGCUCUAAACCAACAAUCAGUUGACGUAAUGAACUACAUCAAACUGAGCACCGAUCUGUACAGGCUACAUGUGCAUCCCUUGCGUGUCUGUGAAGAGGACUCGCUGACCCUUUCUCACAUACACGCCUAUCGCAUUAUUGAAGUAGGAUCCGCAGAUCUAUUUCCGAGGCAGCGUGACUUUGACCUGCAUCCCAGUAACAGGUGUUUCGUGAUAAUAGACAGUCAUCGUCGUAUGGUCACGAUAAUAUACAAUUCCGUGUAUCUCUAG